GAAGCUGAGCCCAACUCCCGGUGCUCCGUUAACCCGACCCCCCCUCACCGUCCCCCCGCCGAGCCGGACCCGGGUGCUCCCGGUCAUGGUGGACUGAGAGCUGCGAGGCCGAGCACCGUCACCGUCGGAGGGGAAGUGGAGCUCCUUUGUGAGCGGGUUUGCUCCUCGGGUUGGCGGUGAUGUUGUGCACGGAGCUGCCGGAGCAGCAACGAGGAGCCUGACGAGUCCCCACCGGAGGCCGCCGGGACGAGCACUGUCCCCCGAAGGAGCCCGGGGGCUAGAGACCACCGAAUGGGAGCCAGGGAACUCCCCAGCAACUUGUGCUGAUAACCGGCCGCUUGGACCCAGCGAGAGCCCGCUCCUCUACACUGCCUCACCGAUUCCUGACGAGAGGGAGACCCACAGCCUUCACGGUGGAAACCAGAAGGAGAGCGAAGAUGAAUGCUGUGCGGGGGGGCACAGUCACCUGGCGUCCCCAGCCGUGGCAGGACGGGGACGGGGGAGGGGGGGAGCCUCUGUCCGACAGCGACUCCGAGGAGGAGGACUUCCCCGAUGACAGCACCACCCCGCUGGGCGACUACAUCACACAUGGACUGAAGCAGCUCCUGGACGCUCAGCAGCUGUGUGAUGUCACUCUGCUUGUUGAGGGGAAGAAGUUCAUGUGUCACAGAGUCCUCUUAGCAGCCGUGAGCCCCUACUUCAGGGCCAUGUUCACCAGCCCCCUGGUGGAGUCUCGCCUCACAGAGAUCCGUCUGGAGGAAGUGACGCCGUCUGUCAUGGAGACCGUCAUCCAGUUUGUGUACACUGGCGAGGCGGGUCUCUCUCUGGACACAGCGGAGGAUCUGUUUGUGGCCGCCAACCGGCUGCAGGUCAUGCCUCUUCAGGACCUGUGCUCCAGGUUUCUCUUUGAGCACCUCUCAGUAGAUAACUGUCUGGGUAUGUACUCUCUGGCUCGCUCUCACCACGACCAGCUGCUGCUGCGGGCCUCCCUGCGGCUGGUAGCCCAGCACUUUCCCCGGGUGGCCCGGCAGAAAGACUUCCUGCUACUUGACCACGGCACCUUAGGCAGCCUACUGAGCUCAGACCGUUUGGGAGUGGACUCGGAGGCCGAGGUCUACGAUGCGGCGCGCCGAUGGGCAGAGCACCAGCCCCUGGACAGGUACGCUCACAUGCCUGCCCUGCUUCACCACCUGCGGCCUGGGCUGCUUUCCCAGGAAGAGAGCCGAAGACUGAGCCAGGAGUUGGGGCCUGCCGCAGCUGGUGAGGGCCUCGGGGGGCCUCUGAGACCGAGGGAGGGAAUGUUUGAAAAGAAGAUUGUCUGUGUGGACCUGACACCUCGGGAGGAUGAGAAUUUAGCUGCGAGAGACUACACAGUGGACUGCUUUGAUCCUCGGACAGGAAAGUGGGAAAAGUUAGCAGCGCUGGGAUCUCUUGUCAGUCCUGGCUGCACUGCUGUAGGUGACAGGCUGUUUGUGGCUGGUGGGAUCCUGCGGACAGGUUCUGUGUCUGCAGCAGUGCAUGAAUAUGAUGCAGUGUUGGACCACUGGAUAGAGCGGCCUUCGAUGGUCCAGCCCAGGGCCAUGCUCGGCCUGCUGGGCUGUGGAGACUCACUCUAUGCCUUAGGGGGCAGUAACCGCUCGGCCCUGCUAGACUCCAGCGAGACCCUGGAGCUGUCAACCCUGCAGUGGACCCCGGGGCCCCGGCUGCCGCUCCCGCUGCGUGCCUUUGCCUGCGCAGCAUUACGUGGACGACUGUACCUCCUGGGUGGAACCACACUCGAACAGAACCGAGCUGUGGUCCACUCUGGGGUGCUCAUUUAUCACACCCUAACCGACUGCUGGACACGUGUGGCGCUGGACUCUGGCGCCACCUGUCUUGCUGGAGGAGUAGCCGUGCGAGGAGGGGUCUGUGCUAUUGGGGGAUACAUGAGGGAUACCACAAAGUUCCUUGAUGGAAACUACACUAACUUGGAGACUUUAGACGCCACUGGGCGUGUUCUGUUUUUCAGAGAGGGCAGGGGGUCUGGUGUAGAGAGGGAGGUGACAGGGGGAGGGGUGAUGGUGACUGCAGAGCAGCGCGGGGCUGCAGGCGGUGGAAGCGACCGAGCCCCCAGCCCUGUGGUAUUUCCCGGGCUCCCUCGGCGGAUAGCAGCCGGGGGUGUGGCCAGGUGGAAAAGGAGGAUUUAUGUGCUGGGUGGGGAAAACGGCUCCCGGUUCUAUGACAGUGUGUACUGCUGGAAGCCUGGUUGGCGCAGCUGGGUCCAGAGACGUGAAAAGCUUCCUGGGGAUACUGGAGGAGUGAGCCAGUUUGGGUGCACCACUCUAAAAUUCCCUAAGAAACACAUCCUGUCCAGACUGAGACUAGCCAAAGAAAACUGCAAGAAGGCUGCUGACUAGCUUGACUGGGCCCAUUCUGACUGAAGUGGAGGCAGCCAUUCAUGCUACACACAGAUGAGGUUCAGGCUGAGUUCUGAAUGAGCUCCUCCUUGACCCCAUGACAUGAUGAGAUAAGUCAUGAGGAAGAGACCAUUUUAUACAGUUGGCAUGCAGCCACAGAGCUGGGUAUAAAUGGAGUGGAUGCAGACAGAUCUUGUGAAAUUUAAUAUGGAUCGUCAAAUGUACAGGCAGAGAGCAAGUGGAGCCAGAACCAGGUUUUAAGGAACAGACAACAAGCACAUGAAUGUAACCUAAACCACUCGCUGUCCGAACAGUCAAGUCCUCUGAGAGAGAAUAGGGCCUUUUGAAUUGUAUUCUCACACUUUAAUGUUUUUUGUUGAAGAAUCCUUUCAAUGCAGUUUUUGUAUUCAGCUGUUCAGACACAGACAAGGAUACCUGCACAUUUCAGACGAGGCUACGUUUCACUGAUUCUCCUAAACGUAAACUAAUAAAUGUAGUGCCCUAAUCAAAAACCUAGGCACCCUCUGUUCUGCUUGUUUGCAGCUCAGCUGGACUGAACUUGGCCUUUAGAAAUGGAACCAGGGCUGCCCUGAAAAUCAUGUUGCAAAGCACUGAUGGAAGCAGCUUCAGUGUACGAACUAAAGACGUCUUAAAUCUUUUCUCACCUGUCACAGCCUCUUCUUCUUCUGAACUGCUCAACUGGGACUGCUGUUUAGUCUCCUAUGUUUUCUCCCUGAAUCAUGAAUCCUUUCCCCUCCCUUAUAAUCCUUUAUCAACUUUAAUAAUUUUUUUGAACUUUCCCUCUAACAUGAGCUGGUAAAGUCCCCAUUUUUUUCUCACUACAAUCAAGGGCUACACAAAAAGUUAACUUGAGAGGAAAACGCAUCACAUGAAACAAGACUGAGCUGCUUCUCAUCUCAGGAAAAGUCUGUCCAUGUGCUCAUGUUAGUAUCUCAGCACAACACAUCAGGCUAAUCCUUUAUAAGCAGAACGCCUCAGUGCUUGAUACAAGUCCUACUUCUCCUAGGCUCAGUCGAACCCCUGAAUGCUCAGCACAGGUCCAACACCGGUUUUAAUUUGAAUGAAACAAUCAUGUUAGUUUAUUGUUGACUAACUAAUUUAUCGUCAAGUCUAAAGAAGUGAAACGUAUCAUUUGUGAGAAAUGUGCAGAUAUGGCUGGAUGAAUCACAGGAUAAAAGGAACACCGUCUUCCACCAUCAACAUCAAAAUGUAAAGAUGGAGAAUCAUGUGUGGAUGUGAGCUUGAUGGCAAUGCAAAGUUGUGAAAAAAUGUUGACACAAGAAAGAAAUGGUAGCUGUGUUUUUAUUUUUGACGGCAAAAGAGGGCACAUUCACAGUUUUUAACAAUUCCACUGGACAUUGGUAACUAUGUGAGAUUUUGAUUUCAUGACGAGGCCGUUUGUCUUUCUGAAACAUGAGACCAUGUGACCGCCAGUCAAAUCAAACUGACCUGUUCCUUUCAGCUGCUCCAUUUGACUUGUGAAUGCAUUUGGCACAAAGGUUAAUACUCAUCUGAACACACUAUCAUUUGCACAUUAUUUAUUGAAAUGUAUUGUAAAGUUGUUUUUAUUUUAUUUUGUUGUUGCUUUUUGAAUGGGGACUUUAGCUCUGACUGCAGUGUUUAUGGCUCCGUUGUUCUGUAUGAUGACUCUAUGCCAUGUGUUUAGAUAAACCUGUCACACAGGAGCACAUGUGUGUAGAUCUCAAAUCCAUUAAAAAGGACUUCAUCAUUGGGCCACAUACUUGUUUCAGACGUGACUUUAGAUUAGAAACCAUUGGCACAGUAAAGAUACUGUGGGAAUUUGUCAACCUCAAACUGGAAAUGAAGAUGGAUACAGAUUGUGCCUCUGCAAUUGCAAGAUUGGAUUUUUAAUUGAAGUGCGACUGUGCAAGACCUUAGACCUACGACGCUUAUUUAUUUUAAGUUUACUAAAGCUGUAAAUCACCGAUACUCUGAAAUAGUUGAAAAUCGAUGAUUUAGUUGGUAAAAAAAAAGAGCAAAAUUUAUGUAAUAGAUUAAAUUAGACUGAUCACAUUUCUCUCAUAACUCUGCUUCUAACUGAUUUCCACUCGGUUAUCAACCAACCAACCGGACACUCCAUUUUCAGUUUCAGUGAAACCAUCCUCCCAUUUAAAAACUCCAGCCACAGAAGUUAUUUCCAGUGAGCUUUGAAACACUAAAACAUUAUGACCUAAGUCUGAUUUCAUUCAUACAACAUGAUACAUGACAUACUCAAGUUAAUUCCAUUAUGUGUAUUUAUUACAUCAAACACUAUUCCAGGACAUCGUUUUUCUCACCCUGCCCAUGCUCUUGAACAGAGACAACGAUUUAUUUACUUUUUCCAUGAAUUGAAAGAGGGACUGUGAGGGAAUUUGUUUGCUUUGUGAUUUUAUGUAUCUCCACCCAGCAAAUUGGAAACACUAGUUCUAUGAUGUGAAUGUUGCUCCUUUAACAAAAAGUCCAUAUUUUUGUAUCAGCCCCAGCUAAGGCCAGAACAGAUGGACCAUGGGAAGGCUGUGCUUGUGUAACUCUUUACAAAACCAGUUCAGACCAUACAUAUGUAUAACUUGUACAAUGAAGGUUCUGGGAAUAGAGAGAGAAUUAACCCCCAAGCAUUAAACUGAUUUUCAGCAAGAAUCUCCAAAAUUUGGAAAGAAGAUGUUUUGGGCUCAAGACAUUUAACAUUGUAACACUUCAUACCUGAUCAUUUUUUAUGAAAGAGGUGUUCACUAGUCAAAUACAUUUUUUUGGUCAUGAAUUUCAACCCUGUCUUUCUAAAUAUCUCUGAUACACUGCCUCUUUAAUAACCCAUAACUCUAAUGUUCUGAAUUAUCACCCAGACAUGUCUAAACGACUUGAUUUUCUUUUCUUCUUGCUUACAGCUUGUAAGAUGCGUGAAAAGUGACUGUGUCCGCUUGCAUGUUUUCUAUUCCGAGGCCUAAAUCUGUUCGACACGAGCGCCCCCGCGUACUGUGCCCAUUCAGAGAAGUACAUCUGCCCUCAUCUGUACAUUCUAAUGAAGUUUGUGGUCUGAAAGGAAGGUGGCUGUUCGAUGAAAGCAGUGCUAUGAAACGAUUAAAGGACUAUUUGCUUA